GCUGUGUAUGCCCACAUGUGUGUGCCUGCUUGACUUUGUGUAGUACUUUUGUCUGGACAGCUCAGAUCAGACCAGGAACCUGCCUUUAGAGCAGGAGGGAUGGCUUCAAGAAACAAGAUUUCUGGUUGUUCACUCCAAACAAGAGAUGAUAAGAGGUGAAGGGGAAGGAAGCAACUGACUGCUGAAAUUUUCUGUCUUUUCCCAGACUAAACAAGAAAGUCAGCUGGGUGGAAACAAUGUCUUUAGUGAUUCUUCUUUCCUGCUUGGCGUUUUUCCAAUCCACAGAAUCCUGCAAAACCCAUUGCCAGGAUGUUAAUAAAAACAGAGUACAGGUGACUGGCAGAACACAAGAUUGUGAAGGUCCCUGUGUUGAAAAUUCACACUGCUUUCAAGCCUGUGCGUCAGGGCUGGAGGGGAACGUAGGGUUUCUAUGCAGGAAUAAAGAAUGGCAGAAAUCCACAGAUACUUGCCGAACACUUAACGUCCUCACUAUUUUUGAGGAUGCACCAAAGAUAAUUCCCAACAUCUUUUCAGCUACGCCUUCAAAAAUAGGAAAACAUGAAACUAUUACAGACGUUUUGAUGCAAAGAUGUCCAAAGGAUUUAUCUUGCAUACUUAAAGGCAUUCAAAGGUCUCCACAAAUACCAGGAAACAUUGAGGUCAUCGUAGAGCUGUUGCAUAAUAUUUCAAGAGUGUUGUCUGAAGAUGUUGAUGAAGUUAAGAUGCAGAGCUACAGCAUCAUAGCAAAUCAUAUUCUGGACAGCAGAAGCAUCUCACACUGGACCUUUGUCCCUGAAAGAAGCAGUAGCUCUAUCCUGUUGCAGUCAAUGAUUUCUUUUGUGAAGAACCUCUUACUACAUGAACAUUCCCUUGACAUCUCAGAAGAAUUCAUUCACAUCCUGGGCAUCAACAUAUCAAAAGACAGUGGCCAAGAGAGUUUGAGUUUUUCCAUGAAGGUGAAUGAUACUGAGAAUGAAGUCACCGGGUUGGUGCUUCUCCCACAGGAAGAGCUUCAGAAGCUAUCUUUGCCUUCCCAAGCCAUCAGCAUUGCCUUCCCCACACUAGGGGCCAUCUUGGAAGCCAGUUUCUUUGAGAAUGUCACUGUGAAUGGUCUCAUUCUGUCUGUCAUCUUGCCCAAGGAGCUCCAAAGGAUCUCACUGGUUUUUGACAAGAUCACCAAAUUUAGAGGUGGCAGAACACAGUGUGUUGGCUGGCACCCGACAGAGAAUAAGUGGGAUGAGGAAGCCUGUGAAAUGGCCCUGGAUGGCAUGGACCAGACUCUUUGUAGUUGUCAAUCAAACAAGAGAUUUACUUCUUUCUCAAUUCUUAUGUCGCCCCAUGUCCCUGAGAGCACAGUUCUGCUUUAUAUCAUGUAUAUUGGCCUGGGCAUCUCAAUUGGUAGUUUAAUUCUUUGCUUAAUCAUUGAGGCCAUGGUCUGGCGCCAGGUAAUGAAGACAGAGAUCUCAUACUUACGCCACGUUUGCAUCGUGAACAUUGCUGCCACACUUCUGAUGGCAGAUACGGGCUUCAUUGUAGCUUCCCUCUUUAGCAAUCUAGCACAACACCAUAAUGGUUGUGUGGCUGUUACCUUUUUUAUUCACUUCUUUUACCUCUCUGUUUUUUUCUGGAUGUUCGUGAUGGCACUUCUCAUCCUUUAUGGAAUUGUGAUCGUUUUUCAUACUAUACCAAAGUCUGUUGUAAUGACUUCUGCCUUCUCUGUAGGAUAUGGGUGUCCUUUGAUAAUUGCUGUCAUUACAGUUGCUGCCACUGAACCAGGCCAAGGCUAUGUGCGACCCAUGACCUGUUGGCUCAACUGGGAUAAUACCAAAGCCCUACUUGCCUUUGUUGUCCCAGCCCUGGCCAUCGUGGUGAUGAACUUGAUCACAGUAGGAAUAGUCAUAGUAAAGACUCAGCGACCUUCCAUCGGCAGCCCAAUAGCUCAAGAAAUGGCUACUAUAGUGAGAAUAAGUAAGAAUGUUGCCAUCCUCACACCAUUGCUGGGACUGACCUGGGGCUUUGGAAUAGCCAUAGUCAUAGAAAAGAAUUCCCUGGCAUUCCACAUCAUCUUCUCAUUACUUAAUGCUUUCCAGGGCUUCUUUAUUUUAGCGUUUGGAACGUUCCUGGAUCAGAAGAUAAGAGAUGCCUUAAAGGUCAGAAUAUCUUCUGUAAAAUGGCUGUCCAGACUAUCAGAGCAUUUUUCUUCUGAAUCGUCACAUCAUCCCACCAAAGAGUCACACUAACUUGCGUACCACUGAAGCAGGGCAUCCUUACUUCUGGAGGAGAAGAUUCCAAGAGAGGAAACAGACUUCAUCUUGCCUUCUUUGCAUUUGGACAUAUGAAGGAAACUUCUAAUUUAUGUGGAUUUUUUUUUGGGGGGGGGGAGGCAGUGACUAGAGGGAGAGUCAGACUGCUGAGCACUGUCUCUGUCUCUGCUUUUCAGGGACGCUAAGUAUUUCCCCUUCUAAUCAACAAUUUAUAUGUCCAAAAUGUGUGGUGUUUGAAUAUCUUUAUGUUAUACUGGGAAAGAUAGUAUGGACAGUGAGACUACACCCUGUUGUUUUAGAUCUUUCUGCUCUUCUGCAAAGAAUCAGAUUUGCCAUCUUGGCCAGGUCUUGCGUGGGCCACUUUCAAAGAAUCUUGGAAUGGAAAGGGAUUUUGUGGAGAGAAAAUAGGGAGAUGUGGGCUCUGAUGAUAGAAAACAUAGAGUCCCCAAUUAGAUAGUCCAAUUAGAUAGAUUCAGAGCUGGUUGAAUGAACAGACUUAAAGACUUAAUGAUGCCAUGUCAAGUCUCCAGUAGAGUGUCCCAGAAGUCCAUGCUUGUCUCUGCCAAAACAUUUUCAUCAGUACUUUGGGAAAAGGACUAGAUGACAUGCUUACUCAAUUUUCAGAUGAUACAAAACUGGGAGUAUUAGCUAACAUUACUAGAUGACAAAGUCUAGACAGAAAAAAAAAUCUUGAUAGACUACAAUAUUGGGCCAAAACCAAUAAGAUCAAAUGUAAUAGGGAUAAAUGCAGGGGUGUAGUAGUAAUUGUUUAGCAACCAGCUCUCUGAAAAAAAAUGUACACAGGUCACUUUUAAGUUUAAUCUGCAUUCUUAACAUUUUCCUCAUUACCUUCUUAAGUCUGGAUGAUCAACACAACAGUAAUAUACUCUGAUUUGUAGCACUUGCUGAUUUUUGAGAUGUAAAUGCUCACAAUGAAAAUUUAAUAAUUGGUGCUCCCAAGUUUGUUUGAACUGACUUUAGCACACCCCUGGACACAGUUUUGCACUUGAGUUCAAGAAACAGAUUUCAUAAGUAUAAGAUGGGGAAGGCAGUACUAGGUAGCAAUAAGUCUGAAAAAGAUCUCAGUGAUUUUAGUGGACUACAAGCUCAAUGUGAGUUUUAAGUGUGAUGUAUACAUCGGUAAAAAGCUAAUGUGAACUUGGGUUGCAUUAAAAGGCUUGAUUCCGAUUAUGAUAAAGUAUUCAUCCUGCUGUACUUUUAGCUGGUUUAUUGUGUUUAAUCCUGGGUGACAUAUUUUAGGAAGUACAGUGAUAAGCUGAAGGAUAACCAGGAUGUUAAAAGGCCUUGAAUAAAGGUCCUUUAAGGAUCAGUUGAAAAAAAUUUGUAAACUUUAGCUUGGAGGUGAAAAAAAGGCUGGGGGUGGGGUGAGAUAGUAGUCUCCAAAUAUUUGGAAAUCUGUCAUAUGCAAGAGGGAUCAAAUUUGCUCUCUCUGGUUCCAGAGAGGAUAACUGGGAAUUAUGGGUAGAAAUUCCAAGAUGGAUAAGGAGGGAAAUAAGAAUUUAUCAAACACUUACUAUGUGCUAGGUGGAGAUAGCUAGGUGGC